AUGCUUCUUCUAUCACUCCUCUCAGCUGUCACCCUCGCGGUAGCCAGUCCUGUAGCUCUCGAAGACUACGCCAAUUCUCUUGAAGACAGAGCCGUUGGUGUCACCUCUACAGACUUCAGCAACUUCAAGUUCUACAUCCAGCAUGGCGCCGCAGCAUACUGUAACUCCGACACCACAGCCGGAGCAAAGAUCACCUGCUCCAACAACGGCUGUCCAACGAUUCAGUCCAACGGCGUGACCGUCGUGGCAUCCUUCAUUGGCUCCAAGACUGGCAUCGGCGGCUACGUCGCGACAGACAGUGCCCGCAAAGAAAUCGUCGUCUCGAUCCGUGGCAGCAGCAACAUCCGCAACUGGCUUACAAACCUCGACUUUGACCAGGACGACUGCAGUCUCACCUCCGGCUGCGGUGUACACUCUGGCUUCCAGAACGCCUGGGCCGAGAUCUCUGCGCAAGCAACCGCUGCUGUAGCGAAAGCCCGCAAGGCGAACCCUACCUUCAAGGUUAUUUCCACAGGUCACUCCCUGGGCGGUGCUGUGGCCACACUUGCUGCCGCGAACCUUCGAGUCGGCGGUACACCAGUGGAUAUCUACACCUACGGCGCUCCUCGAGUAGGAAAUGCACAGCUUUCUGCUUUCAUCUCGAACCAGGCUGGCGGAGAAUAUCGCAUUACACACGCGAAGGACCCCGUGCCUCGUCUCCCCCCUCUGAUCUUUGGAUACAGACACACAUCCCCCGAGUUCUGGCUGUCCACCGGUAACGGCGACACGGUUGACUACACCAUCAACGACGUCAAGGUUUGUGAGGGUGCCGCCAACCUCAUGUGCAACGGUGGAACGCUGGGCCUCGACAUCGCGGCUCAUCUGCACUACUUCCAAGCAACUGAUGCUUGCAACGCCGGUGGCUUGUCAUGGAGACGUUACAGGAGUGCCAAGCGUGAGAGCAUCGAGGAGAGGGCUACUAUGUCGGAUGCAGAGCUGGAGAAGAAGCUCAACUCUUAUGUUGCCAUGGACAAGGAGUAUGUCAAGACUCACCAGAACCGCACAUAA